GUGGCUGGAGGAGUAAAGAUGGCGGUGCGGGAUCCUCCGCCUUCAUUACCCGGCUGAAGCCCUCCGACGGAGGCGGCGGCGGCCACACAAGGCUACCAGCAUUCUGGUGGUGGUAGUUUUGGCAGCAGCUGCGGAGGCUAGAGCCAUGGCGGAGCUGGAGCACCUGGGAGGGAAGCGGGCAGAGUCGGCGCGAGCGCGGCGAGCUGAGCAGCUGCGGCGCUGGCGGGGCUCGCUGACAGAGCAGGAGCCCGUGGAGCGACAGAGCACGGGGCGGCAGCUGCAGACACGACGCGGGAGCCCCAGGGUCCGCUUCGAGGAUGGUGCGGUCUUUCUGGCUGCCUGCUCCAGCGGGGAUACGGACGAGGUGAAAAAGCUUCUGGCAAGGGGUGCGGACAUCAACACGGUCAACGUGGACGGCUUGACAGCCCUGCACCAGGCCUGUAUUGAUGAAAAUUUGGACAUGGUGAAGUUUCUGGUGGAGAACAGAGCCAAUGUAAACCAGCAAGACAACGAGGGCUGGACACCUCUUCAUGCAGCAGCUUCCUGUGGUUAUCUCAACAUAGCAGAGUAUUUUAUUAGCCAUGGAGCCAGUGUGGGUAUUGUGAACAGCGAGGGUGAAGUUCCUUCUGACCUUGCAGAAGAGCCAGCCAUGAAAGACCUUCUUCUGGAACAAGUAAAGAAGCAAGGAGUUGACCUAGAGCAGUCAAGAAGGGAGGAAGAACAGCAGAUGUUGCAGGAUGCCCGCCAGUGGCUCAACAGCGGGAAGAUAGAAGAUGUGAGACAGGCUCGUUCAGGGGCCACAGCCCUGCAUGUAGCUGCUGCCAAGGGUUACUCUGAAGUCCUCAGACUUUUAAUUCAGGCUGGCUAUGAACUCAAUGUUCAGGAUCACGAUGGCUGGACUCCUCUUCAUGCUGCUGCACACUGGGGAGUGAAAGAGGCUUGUUCCAUCCUGGCAGAAGCACUCUGUGACAUGGAUAUCCGGAACAAACUGGGCCAGACACCAUUUGAUGUGGCUGAUGAAGGUCUUGUGGAGCACUUGGAGAUGCUUCAGAAGAAGCAAAAUGUGCUUCGAAGUGAAAAGGAGACACGUAAUAAGCUCAUUGAGUCAGACCUAAAUAGCAAGUUUCAGAGUGGACUCUUCAAGAAUAAAGAGAAGAUGCUUUAUGAGGAAGAGAGCCCUAAAUCCCAAGAAACAGAGGAAGAAGACAAAAACUCCAGCAGCUCCAGCUCAGAGGAAGAGGAAGGUGAAGAUGAAGUUUCUGAAUCAGAAACAGAGAAGGAGGCAGAUAAAAAGCCAGAAGCUACUGUCAACCAUUCGAACUCUGAAAGCAAGAGUCGUAUCAUGGAGCAGAUCCCAGCCCCAGCUCAGAACACCUUCUCUGCCUCUUCUGCUAGGAGAUUGUCUGGUCUUUUCAACAAGACAGAAGAGCCCAAAGACGAAUCUCCUUCUUCGUGGAGACUGGGACUCAGAAAAACUGGUAGUCACAACAUGCUGAGUGAAGUGGCCAACUCCAGGGAAGCGUUUAGAGAUCGAGGCUCUUCCAUCUACCGUUCCUCAUCAAGCCCUCGGAUCUCAGCUGUGCAGGAUGACAAGGAAAGGGAAAACAAAAACUAUUUUAAUACUUUGGCACCCCGGAGGCUCAGCAGCACAAGUGACAUUGAAGAAAAGGAGAACAGAGAGUCAGCUGUUAAUCUAGUGAGGAGUGGCUCCCACAGCAGGCAGCUGUGGAGGGAUGAAGCGAAGGGAAAUGAAACCCCACGGACAACUGCCCCCUCCACUUAUGUGUCCACUUACUUGAAAAGGACUCCUUACAAAUCCCAGACUGAUUCAACAGCAGAGAAAACAACAGACAGUGUCUCUUCUAGUACCCCUCUGUGUGUGAUCACCAAUCGCCCUGCACCAAGCACUGCCAAUGGGGUUCCAGCUGCUACAGUGUUCUCCUCCACUGGAACAGACUCCUCUGUCGAAGCCCGGGAGAAGAGGAGAUCUUAUCUGACUCCUGUACGGGAUGAGGAGGCAGAGUCUUUACGGAAAGCUCGCUCCAGACAAGCUCGGCAGACACGAAGGUCUACUCAAGGUGUUACCCUGACAGACCUUCAAGAAGCAGAGAAGACUUUCAGCAGGUCAAGGGCAGAGAGACAAGCUCAGGAGCAGCCUGGUGAGAAGCUUGAAGACCCUGGUGGGCUUGAAGGGAGCACUAAGAAGCAGGAGCCAUCAGCUGCCCCAACGAAGGAAGCUGGGGAGGAUCAGCAACCUUGGGGCAGGAGUCUGGAGGAAGAGCCUGUCUAUCGUCGCCUAAGGUGUCUAGCUCAACCAGACAAGCCCACAACACCGGAGUCUCCUUCUGCAUCAAGACCUUUACUCUACACUAGUUCUCAUCUACUACGGACAAGUAGAGCUUCAGUCCCUGAUUCUCAGAAUUCAGAGACCACUAUUAACGCCACAGCUGCAAAGGAAAUGGACAAGAAUGAAAAAGAAGGAGAUGAUUUGGAUGAUCAGUCCUCUAGCAGGCUGUCUAUCCGGGAGAGGAGGCGACCUAAGGACCGGCGAAGAGGCACGGGCAUUAACUUCUGGACAAAUGAUGAGGAUGAAACAGAUGUCUCUGAAGAGGUCAAAGAAAAAUGGCAUGAAAGACUUUCUAGGUUGGAGUCAGGAGGCAGUAACCCAACCAGCAGUGAUUCCUACAGUGACCGUGCCUCAGCAAGAGCCCGUCGGGAGGCCCGAGAGGCUCGCCUAGCCAGCCUGACCAGCCGGGUAGAAGAGGACAGCAACAGGGAUUACAAAAAACUCUACGAGAGCGCCCUGACCGAAAACCAAAAACUGAAAACAAAACUUCAGGAGGCCCAGCUAGAGCUAGCUGAUAUAAAAUCCAAGCUUGAGAAGAUGGCCCAGCAGAAACAAGAGAAGACCUCUGACCGCUCGUCGGUGCUAGAGAUGGAGAAACGGGAGAGGCGAGCAUUGGAACGGAAGAUGUCAGAAAUGGAAGAAGAGAUGAAGAACCUUCACCAGCUAAAACAGAUUCAAACCUUGAAGCAGAUGAACGAACAACUGCAGGCUGAGAACAGGGCCCUGACCCGAGUGGUGGCCAGACUCUCCAAGUCCAUCGAGUCCUCGGACACCCAGGAGCUCUAGCUAUUGCCCUUCCUCUCCACCUCACUUCCCUCCUCUACUGCUCCAGGUGUUAACAGAACUGAAAUCCGACAAUCAGAGGCUGAAAGAUGAAAACGGUGCCCUCAUCAGAGUCAUCAGCAAACUGUCCAAAUAGAUGAGGUCAGAUCUGGAGGCGGGGACAGCUCUUGCUGCCCACCCUUCAUUUCCAGCUGUGGAAUGUUUCAGAAGAAGGGCGCCUCCUUCUCUGUCAGUCACCUCUGCACUGUACAUUUUCUCUGCACUCUCGGUGUCCCGCUGCUCCCGCACCGCUAUCCCAAGUCUUAUGACAGUUUUAACUGAAGCAUGAUUGUGACCAUUGCAAGCAAUCUGGAGAAAGCUUUGUGGGGUACACCAAGCUGAGGCGUGGACCCCCAACUUUCUGCUGCUUUGUCCACAUUGGUUUCAGUAUAGAUAUGUAAGGCUUUACACUGACCCACUGUCCCUGAUAUAGGUGAGUCGUGUGGUGGCCCCUCCAGGAUCCUCUCUGGGGUUCCAGGAGAAAGGGCAGAAUGUGGGGUUACUCUGUGGACUGCCUCUGGAGCUGUUGCGUAGAGUCCAAGGUGAUUGUGACUCUGUUAUUCACCUCAGGGACCGACUUGUUUUUAUUUUUCUAUCAAUAACCUAGAACUUAACCUAGUCUUAACCCAUUUCUCCCUUCUACAAGGCUUAGAUGGUCUUGGACUCUCCUGGUCCUUUUCUUUCUGUCUUUUUAUGAUUUCUCCUCCCAACCUGAUGGUGUAAAAGCUGAAACAGAGCUCCUGACCUCAGUUGCUUUGGGCCAUUGUGGGAAAUCAUCACCCUGUUGCCUUGGUACCAUGACCCCUGUCCCUGCAAAGCUAGAGGGUGACUUAAGGGGCAUGCAGCCCAUUGUUCACAUUUCCCACUAGUCUGCUUACUAAGUGAUUUUCUGGACUCUUCAAGUCAGACAUAGCAGUAUACACCUGCAGCCCAGCACUGGGGGGGUGGGGAGAGGGACUGGGCAUGUAAGGCCAGCCGUACAAGACCCUCUCUCAAGUAAAAAGAAAGCUGGCUUCUAAAUACUUCAGUUUGCCUUCUCCCUUUGGCUUUUUCUUUUCCACUUGUGCACCUGCUCCUAAUGAGGAAUGAAGUUGUUGCAAGGAGACCUGGGGGAGAGUCGCGGGCGGAAGCAGGCUAGACAGGAAGAAAGCGUGUGAGGAACUCGGAACACUGUGCUUAUUAUACUGUGAGAAUGGUGGUAACUUUCUUUCUGGGAGCCACAUUCAGGGGAGAAACACUGUCCUUAGAAGCCAACAGGAGAAAUGACUUCUGGGAUAGAAACUGAAGAAGAUGAAGUGCAUACGGCCCAUAAUAAGACUCAUGGACUCCUAAGAGUGGCAAGGCUCAUACAGCAUCUGGCCCAGCUUCCUUCCCUGUGUGACAGGGACCCCUCCCUGCCACCAUAGCUCUGACCUAUGGUCAGCCUUUGGUAACUAUGCAUUUAUUACUUGAAACUUGGGCACCUCUAAUAACCAGAGUUUUUACUAACAGAAGCUGAGGUCUGCUGCUCCCAGCCUGCCCAGCACAUUAAAUGUGGAUGGGUGGUGGAUGGGUGGUAGUCUUUACUUCUCUAGUCCUUUCAGUCCUUCCUCAGAUGCCAUGGCUGUGACACCAUCCUCUAGAGUCUAGACAAAAGCAGCCCUUUAGAUUAUCGAGUCUUAGCCUUUACAGACUAUUCCGUAAUCCAGCACAGAGUUAAAGUGCUAGUUCUCAACGGUGAGCCGGUGUUGGUAGGGAUAAUGCUUGAUUCUUGUAGGCAUUUUGUCCUUGGAUCACAUUACAGGACAGGUCCUUUAAAGCCUCAUUACUCUGGGGUUGCCAGUGAUGUGGACCAUUCAAUGCUACCUCUGUUGUUUUUCUUUUGUGAGGAUGCCACUAUUGUCCUUCUCUGUGGCCCUUGCAGACUUCGAGUGCUCUUAAACAGAAGUUGUAAUUCAGGGUCCCAGUUGCAGAAUAGGACCAUGCUCACUAUGGCACUUUGAGCACAUACAAGAUUCUCUUUUCCAUUUCAACCCACUCUUCUGAGGAGUCUGCUGGGCCACCCUGUCAUGGAGCACUGAGCCUAGGUCUGAGGGAAGACUGAACCACACACACAGUGAGAGGGACUUGUCUUCUGUUAUAGGAAGCGUUCUCGUCUUGCUGGGAAAUGUCAACAGUGUGCCAGCCAACUGAUUCUCCUAGAAUAGCUAGGACAUUAGGAAAAGAAAAUGGGAUGUUGGGAAACCGUUUUGAGCUUCCUCCAUUCAUAGACCAGGUAAAGGUGGGCCUUUUGAAGUGUGGGGGCAGGUUCUCAGAACUCCUCACAAACUGCCAUCAAUACCUGCUGCUGUACGUGGCCUUCCUUCCAAGUUAAGAUGCCACCUCUUGGCAGGAAGGUUUCCUUGUGACAAGUUAUUUAUAAGCUUUUCCAUCUUAGAAGUACUAGACUCUGUGGCCAAGAACAUAUCAUAUAGUACAAAUGAUCCUAGGUAAUUUCAGGCACUUCCUUUUGGCCACUAAUUUUAUUAGACAAGAAAACAUUGUGAAUUUAGCCUCUUCCAGAAAAGAGAACUGUUUCUUCAGAGUGCUAUUGACUGAAAGCCCCCAUGAAAGACACAGGCCUUCUGAUCGCCAACUAGACUUGUGGCACUGGUCUCCUUUUCCUUUGUUGCUUGGCCACUUACACACUGUAGGUCUCCCCGAUGGCCACCAGCCUCACCUGCUGGCUUCUUGUGAGUGAUCUCACAGCUGGAGCUUAGGGACCCACUGCAAGUAGGACUCAGCCUGUCACAAACCAGUCUUCAUGGGAAAUUCGGACGGGGACAAGAAUGUUCUCAGUCAUUUGACAGCUUUGGGAGUAAUGACUGGGACAGUCAGAGGUUCUCGGGCUGGAGUUUCCCUGUGACUUUCCAGACAGCACCUGAAGUGCUCCCUCCCACUUCCAUCCCUGUCUCUAGAGGAAGGGUCUUGCCUCAAAAGGACCAGAAGGACAGGUCUGUCUUGGGCCCUCUAAUGUCACUGAAUUCCUAGAGCCUCCUUGCAUGUCCAGUAAUGGGGCAUGUUCGCUCUCCCUCUAGAUGCAAGCAUGGUUCAGUGAGGUGGUUUCUGCCCGGGAUGUACAGGAAUGGAGACUGUGGGCCCCUACAAGAGAGUAUAAACCAGAGAUGAAAGGAGGGACUCUCCAAACUAUGCCCUUGCUGCGACUCCGGUUUCUGGCUCCUUUUGGCCUUUCCUAGCACAGACAACUGUCCCCACCCAGUGCAAAGUACUGACAGUGCUGGCUCUUUUGGAGUGGGCCUCUGUGACCAGAACCUUGGGGCCUAGAGGACCGUGGGAAACAUGUGCACCUUGAAACAGACACCUAAAGGGGCAGCUAGGCCAGCAGGGUGCUUGGGGACUGCUUCUCCCAGCAAGUAAGCGACAGCGCCCACUUCAGUUGCCCCUCCUGUGAGGCAGGGAUGCAGGAGCCCUGCUGUCCUCAGAACCACAAGGCUGUAGUCCACGGUCACAUGCCUUUUCAGAGGUGGCCUGCCCAGAUCCAUGCCUAAUUAUAGCCACAUCUCAGUUGCCAGUCUGUUCUGAAGGAAGGUGCAAACCCUUAACCCAGGAAGUGAGGGCAGGCUAAGGUGCACACAGUUAAACCACAGGGAGUCCAGGGCCAACUUAUAUAGCUGUAACCCUGGGGCAGGAUAAUCUUGUAAGGUCCCAUUGUGCUUAAAAUUCUGUGAUUUAUUCAUUUGUAGAAAAAUGAGAACAUUUUUGACACUUAGAUUUCUGCUUCUUUUCAAAUUUUCAAAAUCAGUCUUGUUUUCUUCCCAAAUGCAAGCUGUUUAAGAUCAGGAUGUCAAGGCUGACCCAACCUCCUUGUUAGAAAGUGAAUUUAACAUUGGGAGCAAUUGAAUAGUGUAAUGAUUGCUCUCCCUCCUGGUGGCUAACUAAAAAAAAAACCCAUCCGGAAGAGAUGGAGCACGCACUGCGUCACUAGGAAGUCAGCUGCUGCUGGCAGGUUUGCUGGGCUACUUCUCCCAGUCGUGACCAACACUGUUCCUCAGUAUCCAAGCCGCAGACUUAACUUCAACUCUGCUUGGCACCAGCUCGUUCCUAGUCUUGAACUCUGCCUUGAGCAGCAAUAGUGUGUCUGUAGUGAAGACCUCAGCCACUCCAGCUGAGCUCUGCCUCUGAGCACCAAGCUCUCAGAAGGAGGCGCUCUGGUGGUGUUCAAGGUGGCCUUUCAAGAGAUAUCAUCUGCUUUUGUAGGUGUUUACAGACCCCACAAACAGCCUAGCAUAGAAUGGUGUCCAGCUGUGGCCAGACUCCUACAGUUGGGCCUUGGAUGUAAGGAGAGGGCCAAACCCCAGAAGUGGAUGCCUGCAUGCUGUAAUGGGUAAAGGCGGGGUAUGGUUUAUGCAUGUGAACACGAAGGAGAUGGCAAGCCCUGAAUUUCCACACCUGGAAGUACUUGUGUCUCAUUGAGUGCAUCCCUGAGCUCCAGCUGAGGCUGAGUGGAGAUUUUAAUCAGCCUCCCUAAUGGGUAUUGACACUGCUCAGAGCAGUGGACUCUGUCAGGGUCAACUAUUGAUUGUUUGUGUUCUGAUUAGAUUGGAAAAAUAAAUCAACUUCAUUAUAGCCCAGGAGCUAUCAUUGUCACCGCUACAAAGGAAUGAAGUGGUCUCUGAGGGAAAGAACUGGACUCCCAACAAACCAGAGGGCAGCUAGAAGUUGUAUCCACGUCUCCUUGAGAGUGGUGGGUAAGGGUCACAGUCGUCCUGAGGUGGGCCUUGCAACCCAGUGCCUGGAUCCCCACUGGCUAGAUGGUGGAGGAAGAGACUUCCAAAGCCCAUGGCACUGAUGCAUGUUCUGGCUCAGAAGACUGGACAGUGAGAAGGUCUCUUCAGCCUGGGAACAAGCACACGCAUGUACACACACACACGUCAGGCUGGAGCUUUCAAAAAGAGGUCUGGCAUUUUCUUGAUUAGAAAGGAGAACUCAGAAACCAAUUUCAUACAAGUAUAGCUGUCUCUUUUUUGCUCUUCCUAUACCAGCUUCCCAAAGGACUUCUCUCUCCCACGCAUCUGCUUGUUUCCCAGCUUGGGAAUCUGCCAGGAUGACAUUUUGUUAUUUUGCUUCUAAAUUUUCCUCUAAUGCUUCCAAUAAAAAUUAACUUGGGUGGCCCUUAAGGUGUCAUCAAGAUGCUAGUGUGGGUCCAUCCAAAUAAGUAUACCCUUCCCCCUCCUCUCUUCCACACUCCUUAGGCCUUGCUUCUACACUUGGACUUGAUGGUGCCUGAGGGAAGAGGUUUCCCAUAAAUCAGCCAAGGGUCCUGGAGGAUUUUCAAACACAAACAGCAUGUCAUUUCCCCUACCCACGCAGGGCCAGCCCCUAUCCCACUUUCAGAGCCCCUCAGAGACGAGGUUUGGCUUAUAGGUCUAGAUGAUUCCUCUGUCACAGAGCUGUAUCUGAGACACUCACUCCAUCUUUUCCUGGGGAUGUGACUGGUCCUCGCAUAAGGCACAAGUGUCUGCCCAACACAGGCUGAACUAGUUUGUCUGUGCAGUAGGUGACAGCUACUCAGCCACGCAGGAGAGAGAAGAUCCAAAACAGGUUGGGCCUUGAGGAGCCAUAAGCUUAGAUAUGCACUCAAACCCAGAGCUGGAAAUCAGAGCAGGAUCCUGAAGAAGGGACACUCGGGGCCAGCACCAGCCUGAUUCUCCCCCAAGUGCAUGCCUGUGCUGUUCUCAGACCUCGGGCAGAUUCCAGCUUCCCUAGGGUGAGAAAGACUAGUGUAAAGCAACUGUAGGUAAGGUGGCUCUAGGGGAAGAUUCUGAGAACGCAGCCAUCCAGCAUGCACACAGUGCCCACCAGUCACCAUCUCUUGAGCCCUGGGCAGGUCGGGCCUCCCCUGGCCUCACCUUAAAGCACAGCUGGGGUUCCCCAAGGGCGGGGGAGGUGUCUCCUGAGGCAGUGGUUCAGAGCUCAGCUUUGGCUUCCCAGUUGUCCUCUGUUGUCCUCCUUUGCCCCCUCCUGGUCACCACCUGAGCGCUAGCAUUUGCUAUGUCCUCUCUCCACCCUUCACCCAUACUUAGUGCACCGAGUAAAGCUGUUUUCUAGCUGAGCUGUGCGGAUUAACUUCAGUCAACUGUAAAUAACACCUGGAGGAGGCUCCUGAGGGAGAGAAGCCCGACUGGCUUUGUGAACUGAAUGUGUUUCUAUGCAACUUUGAGUGGCCUUUCAACCCUGAGAUGGAUGGAUUUGUUUUACUGGCUGUUAUUAUAUGGUAUUAAGUAUUCUGUGUUUGAAAGUUUGGGAAUAAUAUUCACAUCUGUAUGAUGCCUGUAAACACAACAGUAUUUAUAAACGAGCAAAUAAAACUGUGUUUUAACUUUG